AUGCCCCAAAACGAAUAUAUUGAACAGCAUAUCAAAAAACAUGGUCGUAGACUGGAUCACGACGAGCGUAAGCGUAAGAGAGAGGCCAGAGAAGCCCACAAGAUCUCCGAAAAGGCCCAGAAGCUUACCGGAUGGAAAGGUAAGCAGUUUGCAAAGAAGCGUUAUGCUGAAAAGGUCUCGAUGCGCAAGAAGAUUAAAGCCCACGAGCAAUCAAAGAUCAAGGGAUCCUCAAAGCCAAUGGAUGACUCCGGUGAAGCUUUGCCUGCUUAUCUAUUGGACAGAGAACAAACGAACACAGCCAAGGCGAUCUCCUCCAGUAUCAAGCAGAAGAGACUGGAGAAGGCAGAUAAGUAUUCUGUGCCAUUACCGAAGGUACGCGGUAUUAGUGAAGAAGAGAUGUUCAAGGUGGUGAAAACCGGAAAAUCAAAAUCGAAGAGCUGGAAGAGAAUGAUAACAAAACAUACUUUCGUCGGUGAAGGGUUUACUCGUAGACCUGUCAAAAUGGAGCGUAUUAUUAGGCCAUCUGCAUUAAGGCAAAAGAAAGCCAAUGUUACUCACCCGGAACUUGGAGUUACGGUAUUUUUACCAAUUCUAGCCGUGAAAAAAAAUCCACAAUCUCCUAUGUAUACACAAUUAGGUGUGCUAACUAAGGGUACUAUCAUAGAAGUCAAUGUUUCAGAGUUAGGAAUGGUUACGGCAGGAGGUAAGGUCGUUUGGGGUAAGUACGCCCAGAUUACCAACGAACCUGAUAGAGAUGGUUGCGUAAACGCAGUGCUACUGGUAUAA